AAGUUGGUGAGUUAUGGAUGAUUGUACCAAGAGGUAACACGUAGCCUCACGCGCUCCAUCUCGUCGUUGAACUCGUCACCGUCAUCGGCACAGUCAACGAUCGUCAACGAUUCCUUCCAUUAUUUUCCUUUUCCCUCUCUUAAUGGUUUUUGUUAUAAUCCAACGGCCAGGAUUAACGCAGCCGCAAUUGUUGAAACACGACAACCUUCCUUAUCAGGUUAGAAGCAAGAACUGUCCACUCCAAAUUUGCCACGUGUCGGUAAUUUACUAUAGACAGAACCAUAAUGUAACCGGAUUACCUGAAAUUACCGGUUGACAAAAAAAAAAAAAAACCACUAUGACAGAUCCUUUGUCAACAAAAACUCAGAUGGGACUUUGUUCAAUAAAACAAUAGUUGAGCAUUUAUCACCAAAAAAAAAAGCUCUUUUUUUCUUGUCCGAAAGCUUUGUGGGCUUCUGGGUUUUGCUCCUCUCCUUUUCAAUUUAUCUCACAAGAGACUUACCAUAAUUGACUCACAAUAUUAGUUUCCUGAAAAAGACAGUGAACAACAAGUACUAAUAUUAGAAGUAUUUUGGGGUUGUAUCUGGAGUGUCUCUUUCCCAAGAUCUUAAAGUUUUAAGCUGAUAAUCAAGGAGAAAUUGAAGAAGAUUGGUUUGGAUGUUGGCCAAUUUUAGUCAAUUUGAGGGUUCAUGUUUUGGAAACUAAUAUGUCCGCAGGGACUGAUUGCCCAACUCCACUUUCUUUAGUUGAUAGAAGUUAUAGAAAGGUGAAUGUUACUGUGAUGAGAGAUGACAAGUCUGAAAUUCAGGAGUUCUUAAAAGAAUCUCCAAAUAUUGGAAAACCACCUCGCCAUGUGUCGUCAAUUCGGCAUUCUGUAAGCUCUGCUCAGUUGGCUCAUGCUACUGAAGUGGAAUGUGAUGGUGGGAUUGUUAGCUCUAGGCUGCCAUCAGAUUCUAACUCAACAUUUGUACCGAUUUUUCGUUCUGGAAGCUGUUCAGAGAUUGGAUCAAAACCAUAUAUGGAGGAUGAACACAUAUGUAUUGACAAUCUUCUUGAACAUCUAGGUGCAACAGAAAACUUCCCUUCUCCUGGAGCUUUCUAUGGGGUAUUUGAUGGCCAUGGUGGUACAGAUGCAGCUUCAUUCAUCAGAGAGAACAUUCUAAGGUUUAUAAUCGAGGACAUUGAUUUUCCGUUCUGUGUGGAGAAGGCUAUUAAGAGCGCUUUCCUCAAUGCUGACCACGCUUUUGCUGAUGAUGGCUCUCUUGAUCGAUCCUCGGGUACUACCGCUCUGACUGCCCUUAUAUUUGGAAGGACAUUGUUGAUUGCCAAUGCUGGAGAUUGUCGAGCUGUGUUGGGGAAACGAGGAAGGGCGGUCGAGUUGUCAAAUGAUCAUAAACCCAAUAGCAUCUCUGAAAGAUCAAGAAUUGAAAAGCUAGGUGGGGUUGUUUAUGAUGGCUACCUUAAUGGCCAACUAUCUGUAGCAAGGGCUCUUGGGGACUGGCACAUGAAAGGUACCAAAGGCUCGUCGUGUCCCUUAAGUGCAGAACCGGAACUUCAGGAGACAAUUCUAAGUGAGGAAGAUGAGUUUUUAAUUAUAGGCUGUGAUGGCUUGUGGGAUGUGAUGAGUAGCCAGUGUGCAGUUACAAUGGCAAGGAAAGAGUUGAUGCUUCACAAUGAUCCCGAAAGAUGUUCAAGAGAGUUGGUCAGGGAGGCCUUGAAGCGAAACUCUUGCGACAAUCUGACUGUCGUCAUUAUUUGUUUCUCUCCCGACCCGCCACCUCGGCUUGAAUUCCCGAAAUUCAAGUUCAGUAGGAGCAUAUCAGCAGAAGGUUUGAACCUUCUUCAGGAGGCCUUAGAUAGUGGUGUAUAAACAGAGCUUAUGACUUAUAAUCUCUGAAUGGCAAUGAACAAUCACUAAAUCAGUUCCAUUUUUUCUUUCUUUUUUCUUUCUUUUUUAAGGGAAAUCAGUUUCAUUUAUAAGAUCAUGUCUUUAUUUCUUGGGAAAUUUUACUUUUGUAGUACGGUAGCAUUUUGUUAUUAUUAUCUCUCUCAUGUACAUAAAUAGAUUGGGUCAUACGUUUAUAUUAUUUUGAAACUACUAUUCAAUUUGAGGCUUGAAUUCA